AUGGCUAAGCAGAUGAAAAUGAAGUUUGAUAAAUAUUGGGGUGAUUUUAGUGAUAUGAAUAUGUUGUUUUUUGUUGCCUUUGUGUUGGAUCCUCGCUACAAAAUGAAGUAUGUUGAGUUUCUUUUUAAGAAAUAUUAUAAUCCGGUGGAGAGAUGUAAAAAGUGUGAGAAAGUACAAGACACUUUAACUAGCUUGUAUGCUCAUUACAAGAGUUCUAUUUCUGGAAUUUCUUGUGAAAAUAUUGGAGAUCAAACUAGUGUGAUUAGUGAAAUUGAUGUAGUUGGUAGUUUUGAUGUGUGGCAAUCACAGUGGGAGAAAUAUCUUGAAAAAGAGACUAAUGUUGAUGAUAAAUCUGAUCUUGACAAGUAUAUGAAGGAUGAUAUGGAAAAAAUUAAGGAUUUUAACAUUUUGAAUUGGUGGAAAGCUUCAUCAAAAAGAUAUACAAUUGUCUCUCGAAUUGCAAGAGAUGUGCUUGUUAUUCCUACGUCUACUGUUGCUUCAGAAUCAUUUUUUAGCACCGGUGGUCGAGUUCUUGAUUGUUAUCGAAGUUCUUUGUCAGCAAAGACUGCUGAAGCUCUUAUUUGUGGUCAACAAUGGUUACGUUCAACAUCAAAAGAGUGCAAGAUUGAAGAUCUUUUAGAAGAAAUUCAAAAUCUUGAAACAAUUGAAAAAGAAUAUCUGGACUCUACUUGGAGCAUUGAUUAGUUUGGAGCUCAAGAUAAAGAUUAUGGUGAAAGUUGGCGGGUCUUUUUUUUUUUGUGAAAUUAGUUGUUGUUUUUUGCUUAAAAAUGACUACAAUUUGGGUGCUAUUUUUGUUGGACUUUUGGUUAAUGUUUUUACUGAAGUUUGUCUUAUUAACUGAUGUUUUGGAUUCUG